AUGUUGAUCAAAGUCCGUACCCUUACUGGCAAGGAGAUCGAGUUGGACAUCGAGCCGGAUUACAAGGUGUCCCGGAUAAAGGAGCGUGUUGAAGAGAAAGAGGGUAUUCCUCCUGUUCAGCAGCGAUUGAUUUUCGGUGGAAAGCAGAUGGCCGACGACAAGACUGCAUCGGAAUAUAACCUGGAAGGUGGUGCCACGCUACACCUUGUUCUUGCUCUGCGUGGUGGAUGCUUGUGA